AUGGCAUCGAUUCUAGCUAUUGGCACCGCAAAUCCACCAAACUGCUUCUACCAGGCUGACUAUCCAGACUUCUACUUCCGAGUCACUAAAAGCGAGGACUUGACACAGUUAAAAGACAAGUUCAAACUUAUAUGUGAAAAAUCGGAAAUAAGGAAGCGCUACAUGUAUCUCUCCGAGGAAAUUAUCAAGAAGAACCCUACCAUAGGCGCUUACGAUACACCAUCUCUGGAUGCACGUCAAGAAAUUCUGGUUACUGAGGUACCCAAGCUCGGCAAGGAAGCAGCAUUGAAGGCCAUUGAAGAAUGGGGCCAGCCCAAAUCAAAGAUCACCCACCUUAUAUUUUGCACAUCUUCAGGCAUGCAUAUGCCUGGUGCAGAUCAUGAGCUUACUAAGCUACUCGGCCUUCAAACUUCUGUCAAAAGAUUCAUGAUGUACCAACAAGGCUGCUACGCAGCAGCCCAAGCCCUCCGCCUUUCCAAGGACCUUGCCGAGAACAAUCCCGGGGCUCGUGUUCUUGUCGUGUGUUCUGAAAACAUGACUUUUUGUUUCCGUGCACCAUCCGAAACCCACUUGGAUGUUCUGGUGGGCUCUGCAAUUUUCUCUGAUGGUGCAGCAGCUGUAAUUGUUGGGGCUGAUCCUGAUACAACUAUUGAACGUCCAUUAUAUCAGCUUGUAUCAGCGGAACAGUGUAUUGUUCCAAACUCGGAGGAUGCCAUAGUUUGUCCCGUACGUGAAAUCGGCAUGUCCUAUUCCUUGAAUAGAAGCGUGCCCAAAAUUGUUGCAAAAGGAGCUGCACAAUGCUUGGUUGAGACAUUCGGUGCUCGAUAUGGAAUUGAGGACUGGAACUCUUUAUUUUACGUUGUCCAUCCUGGAGGAGCAGGAGUUUUGAACAAGUUGGAAGAGCAACUUGGCUUGACCAAAGACAAAUUAAGAGCAACUCGUCAUGUGCUAACUGAAUAUGGAAACAUGUGGAGUCCAAACGUGCUCUUUACACUCGAUGAGAUGAGGAGAAGAUCUGCCAAGGAAGGAAAAGCCACCACAGGAGAAGGAUUGGAUUUGGGUGUGUUGUUUGGUUUUGGCCCUGGUGUUACUAUCGAGACCAUUGUGCUCCGUAGUUUUCCUACAGGUUGA